CAGGAAAUGCGAGACUUCAGUUCAGGAAUUUCAUGUUACGCUCUGAAUCGCAGUGACUACAAAUCCGCCAGAUUGAGCCCCUCGUUAACUGAGCAAUCGAUUGUAUCGAUACCAUAUUGUAACCCCUUCCGCUAAUUAUGGCGAAGCACGGCGUUGAAAAGCGCAAGAAGCGCGACCAAUCGCCUCCAAAAUCCUCGACCAAUGAUCCACGAUUCACGUCGCUCUCUACCGAUCCUCGAUUCCGACUGCCCUCUCAGAAGAACACCAAAGUCCGCUUGGACGAUCGAUUCUCCCGCUUACUCAAGGACGAAGACUUCACUAAAAAGGCCAGCGUUGAUCGGUAUGGCAGGAAAAUAGAAGGCAGUCGAGGGAAGAAAGAAUUGGAGAGACUGUACCAGGUCGCCAGCGCCAGCGAAACGGACGAGAGCGACCAAUCAGGAAGCGAUGAGCUGGAUGCGGAUGAUGAUGUUCAGGCAGAGCUAAAACGGGUCACCGGCAAGUAUGAUCCUGCCAGAGAAGGAGGCUUUUCGUCGUCUGAGGAUGAUGAGGAUGACGAGGAUGUCGAGGAGGAGUCGGAAGCUGAAGAGGACGCGGGGCCUCAAGAAGACAUACCGACAGGCGAGGUCACCUCACGACUUGCGGUGGUGAACUUGGAUUGGGACAAUAUCAAAGCUGCGGAUUUGAUGGCCGUGGCCUUGAGCUUUGCUCCUACGGAAGGGAAGAUCCUCAACGUUUCGAUAUACCCGAGUCAGUUUGGAAAGAAGAUGAUGGAGCGGGAAGAGACCGAAGGGCCGGCAAAGGAAUUGUUCCAAGGUCCCGGUGGGAAGAAGAGCAAUGCAGUUGCAUCGAAAAGCCGGCCCACCAAGGAGACCAGAGCUGAAAACGAGGAUUCCUCCGAUGAUGACGAAGAGGCGCCCGCGGACGACACUCGAGCUCGAGAUUUCGAUCCCGCAAAACUACGAAACUACCAACUACAGCGACUACGGUAUUAUUACGCGGUCAUCACUGCCUCGACGCCUGCAGCGGCGAAGUUCAUAUACGAUGCAAUGGACGGGCGCGAGUACCUCACCUCCGCCAACUUCUUCGACCUCCGAUUCGUGCCCGACGACACUUCCUUCGAUGACGACGAACCCGAGGACGAGUGCACUUCCAUUCCUAAAGGAUAUCGGCCACGUGAAUUCGUCACGCAGGCGCUGCGACACAGUCGCGUGACACUUACAUGGGACAAUGAGGAUGGGGGCCGGAAAGACGUGAUGAGGCGUGCCUUCGAGCGUGGCGGAGAGCUCGACAAUGACCUGCUGGCGUAUCUGGGAAGUGGCACAUCCGAUGAGGGCGGAUCAGAGAGCGAGGAAGAACCUACUGAAACCGAUUUGGCUGCCCUUGGGAGGUCAGACACCGCACCUCGAGAUAAAGUGUCGAAGAACUCCAAGGCAUCAGCCCUACGGGCGGCCCUAGGCCUCUCCGGAGAUAUACCCCAGGCCUCAGAAAAGAAACCGAAAGGUAAAAAAGAAGCGACCGGCGGCAUGCAGAUCACGUUUGUUCCCGGGUUUUCGGGGGACUCGGAGAGUGGCAACAAAGGAGUUUUUGAAAACGAGCCGGUGGAGAGUACCGUGGAGAAGUACAUCAGGAAGGAGAGGGAGCGAAAGGCUCGAAGAAAAGAGAAGAAUCGCGGUGUCGAGACUGGCGCUGAAGCUGAGAAAGAAGUCGAAAAGGUGUCUCGCGCCGAGGAUAAUGCUGUGGAAGAAGAUUUAGGAUUUGACGACCCGUUCUUCGAGAAUCCGGCGGAGGCGGCAAAGCAGGCAGCGAAGCGAGCUAAGAAAUUAGCGCGCGAGAUCAAAGAUGCGCAGCAACAGGAGGAGCGGAUAGCCAAGGAGAAGGAAAAGAAGGAACUGGAGCUGCUGAUGGCCGAGGAGGGCGGGGUGGCCGGGGGGGCCGGAAAAGUGCAGCACUUCGACAUGAACGAGAUCAUGAAGCGGGAGAAGGCGUCGCGAAAGAAGGGCAAGGCGAAGAAAAAGUCCGAGGCGAAGUUUGCGGGGGUGGAAGAGGACACGUUUAAGGUCGACGCCAAAGAUCCGCGGUUCGGCGCGCUGUUUGAGAGCCAUGAGUAUGCGAUCGACCCCACGAAUCCGAGGUAUAAAGGAACUAAGGGGAUGCGGGAGCUGUUGGAUGAAGGACGACAGAAGAGGGCCGCGGAAACGUUUGAUGAUGGACAGCCUUCGAAACGCCAGAAGAAGAAGGUUAGCAGGGAGGAUGGAGAGGACUUACGUCGGUUGGUUGAGAAGGUUUCUAAGAGAGCUACAAAGUAACAGCGUGGGGCGAGAUGCAUUACGCAUAGAUGAAUAUAUUGUAGUCUUUGUCUAUACUUCCGUCUCAUGUCAUCGUCACUAUUCAUACUCCGUCCCUUUCAGACGCUGCAUAAGAUACUCCACUUCAACCUCCUUGGUCAAAGGAAUAACGUAGUCCUUGUACAUUGACACCACCGCGUCGACAUCCAGCUUUCCCAAGUCCCCAGUCGCGUUAUCCGGAUCCGUUCCAUACAUUUUCGCCUUGAGUCUUAACCGCUCCAGCACCUUCUUCUCCACUUUCGCAUCCGUAAUCGCCUCCGCAAUCCCGUCCCGAUCAUCAUUCUUGAUGAGCUGCACAUACCGCUCCGUCUCCUUGCGAAACUUCGACUCCGCGACGAAUUUGCC